AUGGGUGCAUGUGGCCCACCUGAAUCAGCAGAAUUCAUGUUAUCACGGGACUUUCUUCCGUUUGGGGCCUCCGAGCCUACCAACGACGUAAUCACCUAUCCUCCUUUAGCUAUGGCUUUGCGGCUUUAUGCUGUCGCAUACCUAGCAGAGUACAAAUACGAAGUUCUGCACGACGCAGAAGUUUGGCACGACGCAGAAAAGGAGCAGUGGGAAUCUCUGAUCAUAAGACUCCUUCGCACUGGAGCAAAUCUUCAUGCACCUGUGCCACAUUUCGUUGAAAUGCGUAAUGAAAGUGAUGUCUCAUACGAAGUCACGAAAUAUGGAACACCACUUGAUGAAAUGUUCACGUUCACCGACACGCCGGCUGAAGCGAGAGCUGUGGCGAACGGGUGGCUUCAAAUCCUUCGAAGCGAAGGCUACGAUGUUGUCGCAUACAUCGAAAAAGAAAGUGAUCUGCAUUACACACGAUCGCAAACGACCUUUCCCUUGCUUCAACGUCACGAAGAACAUGACAGUCCUCGUGAGUUGAUAUUCGAAUUGGAGCAGGAGAAGCAAAGCAUAUACUGGGAUUGGUGGACUGAUCCUUCAUCUUCCAUUUACCUCUUACGCAGCACGUUGAAGCCAAUGCUCAUGCUCUCUCGUUCUUUCAUUACGUACCACAUGUCGUCGGAAGUAACAUGGCCUUUCCAUUACCCAAAGUGGUAUGGAUAUUGCCAUCCAACACGGGAAGACGAAGAGGCCGUGCAGCAGCAGCUUUAUGAUAUGGCUCAGCGACGAGCGAAUCGGCGGUUACAGAAGCGACAUGCCAAAGAGUCACGUUCUCGAGGUCUGAAAUAUCCAAGCAUGCCUGGUGCUUGGCAGAAUUGA